UCGUUAGCACAAUCCUUCAUAAACGAAAGUGUAAACUACUCCGAGUUAAUCUAACAGGUAAGACUGCUCUGUUACGUGUGUAAGAAACGUGUAUUCAAUAUUGAUUCAAUAUGUAUAAUAUCGUAUUUUGAAAUAUGAUUUUCGUAUUCGAAAUGAACUGUAAGCUAAAGUGUUAUUUUACGUUAGUUAGUGCUAGCCCUAAAGGACACGACGCUGUCCAGCCAAGACAAUAAAAGACAAACGCCUAGAGGCUGGUCAGCGUUGUUUUAGCUAGACACAGGCUUAAAGUGUAACAUUAAGUAGCAUAACCGAUAACAUAUGGCUUUGCAUUAGUAUACGCAUCAAAACUCCCAAAGCAAAGUGAAACCUCACUUUUACAUGUUGAGUUACAUAAAUCCGAUCAGAAUUCCCGAAGGUUCCAUUUCGAAAUUGGGUAGGGCGUCUUCAGUUUCUCUCUUGCAUAACAAUUUGUAACGUGACAAAUGUCCAGAUCAACUAGCCCAUGUCAGCAAACGUUUUUGCUUGGUUUUGUAGCCCAUAGAUUUUGUGGUAAGGUUUGAGACACUCAAAGAUGACAUGAAUACACAUUAGAUAUGGCUAAAUGUAUAGAAUUGCAAGAAAAUUACCUUUUAAAACACCCAAAUCUUCUCUGCACCCCUUGACAAAAUGUGUAGAAUUGCAGGAAAUAUGCUUUAAACCUACUAAAUUCUCUAUACCAACAAGAGGGGUUUGUGUCAUGAACAGUGCUUGUGCCCAUAUAAAUAGACGUGGGCGCGGGAUGUUCCCCAAUCCUGGAAGGGGGGCCUGACUGAAACCGUUUGGGAACCGCUGGUGUAGAGAGUCAUUGUACCAUCUACACCGCUGUGACAUGCUCUACAUGAAAAAGAAUGUGGACAACUGCUCGUCGAACAACUUAUUCCAUAAUCAUGGGCAGUGAUAUGGAGUUGGGCCCCCCUUUGCUGCUAUAACAGCAUCCACUUGUCUGGGAAGGCUUUCCACUAGAUGUUGGAACAUUGCUGAGGGGACUUCAGUCACGAGGAUUGGUGAGGUUUAGCGAUUAGGCUUUGCUCGCAGUCGGUGUUCCAAUUCAUCCCAAAGGUGUUUCGAUGGGGUUGAGGUCAGAUCUGCAGGCCAGUCAAGAUCUUCCACAUCGAACUCGACAAAAUAUUUCUGUACGAACCUCGCUUAGGGUAUUGUCAUGCUGAAACUGGAAUUGGCCUUCCCCAAACUGUUGUUACAAAGUUGGAAGCACAGAAUCGUCUAGAAUUUAAUUGUUUCCAUAUUAAUACCCAUGAUUUUGGAAUGAGAUGUUCAACAAGCAGGUGUCCACAGACUUUUGGUAAUGUAGUGUAUGUAAUAACCCCAAAAUAUAACUGUUUGUACUUACAUGUAACCAGAUUGUGACUACAACUAAGUCUUUGACCACACUGUGUCCUUAUAUUGGACACCCUGGGGGCGGCAAGUAGCCGAGUGGGUAGAGCGUUGGACUUGUAACCAGAAGGUUGUACGAUCGAAUCCCUGAGCUGACAAGGUAAAAAUCUGUCAUUCUGCUCCUGGACAAGGCAGUUAAACCACUGUUCCUAGGUUGUCAUUGAAAAUAAGAAUUUGUUCUUAACUGACUUGCCUAGUUAUAUAAAGGUAAAAUAAAAUAUUGGUGAGUAAAAAAUCAACCCUUUUAACAGAAGGGCAUCAUCCAGCAUGACACCACCGUUGUACUACAAAUCACUGUGUAAUACAAGGCAUUUGGUUGCUUGGCAAUGGGAGACAGCAUUUUUAGGUUUUAAUAUGUUGGUUCACAUAACACAGAAAAUGUAAUUGCCAUAUACGAUAAGACUCCAUUGAACCAAAAAUAAUCCGUUCUAAUUUAACGUUUGUUAAAUAGUCUAUGGAAAAUAUUUUAAUAUUGUAUGAUAUUAAACUUUUCCAAUUUUAUUUGUGUGUGACUCAAGGUCUACAUGAGGAUUGACGACAACCGGGAUGUUCUUAGUUCAAAUCUAAGAUUCCAGGGUGGUGGACCUUCUUCCACUGAGAUGUUGAGGAUUGGAGAACCAUGGCUCAGUUUCAAAGCUUAAUAUGGAUAAUGAACCUAGCUAUCAUUUUGACACUUCUAAACAUUCAGCUCUCUAUUGCAUGUGGUAGAGCAGAGUACAGAACAGGUGAUGAAUGCUGUCCUAUGUGUUCACCAGGAAACCGGGUACAUAAACACUGUACAGAAUUUACAAGUACUUCCUGUGUCCCCUGUACUGACUCCACGUUCCUUGAUGAACCCAAUGGUCUUACAGCAUGCAUACUGUGUACAAACUGUGACCCAGGAUUUGGUUUGAAGGUAAAGUGGUCAUGUACACCUUCAUCAGACACUGUCUGUGGGACACUGGAGGGGUUCUACUGUCUAGACCCAACUAAGGAUGGUUGUAGAGCAGCCCAGAGACACAGCAGCUGUAAACCUGGUCAAUACAUCAGCCACACAGGAACAGCAUCUAUAGAUACUGUGUGUUCUGACUGUACUGGUGACACCUAUUCAAAUGGAUCAUUUACAUCCUGCCAGCCACACACACAAUGUGAUACCUUGAAGCUUCAGCAAAUUAAACCUGGAACUCAUCGGUCCGACUCUGAAUGUGGACCACAGACCUCCCUUUCCAUAGCAAUAAUAUCUGCUGUGGUGGUGGUGCUGGUACUAGCUGUGAUAUCAGCAGUGACUGCAGUAGCUAUUAGAAGAAAAAUGAAAGGUCCUGUAUCUGAGAGGAUUUUUCCAGAGACACAAAGCCCUACAGAGGUAUCAGACACUGAGGGAACAUCAAUGCUGUUUGUGGGAACAAGCACAGGUAAGGUAGCCUGUAACAUCAGAAUGGUACAGUAUACCUGUUAAUGAAUUUCAGCCAGAUUUGAGCUAAAACGUGUCUUAUGAAUAUUAUACAGAUUCAAGCCCCCAGAACAUUCAUCAGAACAAUCCAGUCUAAUAUGUGGUUCAUUGGCUUGAAAACAAGACUAGGCAGUAGGGCCCAAUUUCUGUCCACUACAUGGUGAAUGUGAUCUAGACUCUGUUUUUAAAUCAAAGUUGGAGGCUGGCAUAUUUGUUUUGUGGUGUAAAGAUUAAAAAGGCCAUGACCUUGAUAGACAGCCUGUCUUCCAAUACUGGGGAUGAAGAUGGAAACCUUAGUAGGAGCCAGGUCUGUUCUGUUCAGGGAAAGGUCGGGUGUCCAUGAUUUUCAAAUGGUCAGUCCAAGUCAGUUGACGGUAAUUGGAAUAAAACACAAAUUCCAUUUUGUAAGACACUGCACCUGGUCUUUGGAUGCUGGUGCCAGAUGCAGUGUGAGCAAAUGCCCUUGAACUGAGGAAGUCUACAGAUCACAACAUCUCCAUGGACCUUAUGGAACUUGUGAUGUACUGUAGAGGACAUAGGAAUGACAUUUCCUGGACACUGGUAUGGGGGAAAAAUGGACUCCUUGUUGAGUGACCAUGGAUUUGUAUAAUCCCACAGAGUAAACAUCAAGAGGCAAUGGUGCAGUGUAGGCUAUGUUCAGUGUGACCCAUUUAUUUUGUAAAACUUUUAUUUAACUAGGCAAGUCAGUUAAGAACAAAUUCUUAUUUACAAUGACAGCCUACACCGGACGACACUGGGCCAAUUGUGCACCGCCCUAUGGGACUCCCAAUCACGGCCGGGUGUGAUACAGCCUGGAUUAAAACCAGGGACUGUAGUGACUCCUUGCACUGAGAUGCAUUGCCUUAGACCUGCGCCACUGGGGAGCUCUGAAGCAAAGCAAUGGGACAAAUGUUUUGUUUACAGUUCUGUUCUUUACGAUCCUCCUAAAAUAUAUAUUUUAUUGUCACACUGGGAUACGUGCUGUGAAAUGUAUUGUUUUACAGGGUCAGCCAUAGUAGUACUCUGCUCCUGGAACAAAUUAGGGUUAAGUGCCUUGCUCAAGAACACAUUGACAGAUUUUCCACCUUGAUUGUAUAGUUAUUUGUGUUGUACAGUUCCUUUGUAUUUUGUAGGUAUUGUUUUAUAUGAUGCACAUUAUUCAAUGCCAUUAUUCAUUGUUUUGAUGUUUUUGAUUCCAUGGGUUUAGUCUCUUCUAUUGAAUCAAGUUGCUUCUCUGUAAAUCAUGGGUUAUGCUUAUUUCACCAGCUAUCAGUGCUCAGUCUAUUGUUGCUGUAAGUGUAUUUCUGGUGACUGAUCCAAUGGCUCCUCUUGGGAUUAAGAAAUAGAGGAUCUGCAAUACAAUUAAGCCAGCUAACUUUCUUAUGUUCAAGUGUCCCAAUGAUGUUAGCUACAUUGUAAAAAUGCUAUUGAAUAAAGCAAAAUGUGAAAACUG